UCUUCACACUUUUCAGAUUAUUUGGACUAAUGUUUUGGUAUUUAGAGGCUUUGUUCUUGCUUUUUAUUUAUGUUUGUCAUGUAGAGGCAAUGGGGAACAUGCAUCAUUAUGAGCUUCAAAGUAAUGAACUGGAGAAACUUGUAUCAGAUGAAGAUAUAUUAUUUCGUAUAAUUAGGAGUGAACCUAACGACACAAAAAUUGAAAACGAACGGGAUCUCGAUCUAUUUGAAGACAGGAUGUAAGAUUAUUUUUUCAAGCUGUUUAGUUCGCCUAUUUUCCAUCAAGUUGUGUGAAGGGACGAAAACUUAUGGGCAGGGGGGAUGACGAACUAAAAAGCAAUUUUGGAUUUCCUGAUCGAAAUCAUAUCCCACCAGAUGGUGGCAGUAAAGAGCAAGGAACAACUGACGAGGGAUUGAUGGGAUCGACGUCAGAUUAUGUUCUGAUUGCUAUGAUCGUUGCAAUGAUGUUCUGCAUGACGCUCUGUUGUUUGUGUUUGUUUUGCCGAUCCUCGUCUCGUCUUUCAAUCUGUGGAAUCAAUUUCGAAUUGAACGAUCGAAGAAAUUCACUAGAUAACGGCGAAAACUUGAGUGAAAUUCAUGAAGUUGUUCCACUGACACCAACAACAGCUGGAGAUUAUAACCAUAGAAUACAAGACAUAGAAUCCAUGCUGCGGUCCGAUGCUCCUCCACCCAUGUAUACAGAAAUUGUCAAGAGAGCAGAAGCACAAGGGCACCAAGCCAAAGCAGCAGAAGCAAAAGGCAACAAAAGUUCUAGGAAGAAAACCCAUAGUGAUCGACCAAGCGAAACAAGUUCAUCGAGGUCGAAUGGGGGUCGAAGUUCAUGGAGAAUAUCAGGAAGAAGUAUUUUUGCGUCAUUUCGUGCCAAAUCUUCGAUACUACGAUCGCGACGUAGCGAGAGUGCCAUCCAGUGUCCAACUGUUGAUGAACAAGUAACGAUACGAUGCCAUCACAGCGACCAUGCACUCCCCCCUACUCUAGAAGAGAUUGAAUCAAGCUCAGGAACUCCUCAGAGGAGAGCUGAAAACGAGACAGAAGUUACCGUGGAAACCGUUAAUGGCGUCACAAGAGAGACUGACAAUCGAAAAGAAAUACCAGCAGAGCGGAACAAAGUUUUUGUUUACGAUGUAAACGAAUUACAAUCACCUGAGGAUGAUGACGAUGUUUUCUUAUGAUGUCAUCGGUUUGAUGAUGUCAUAUACAUCGGCAAAACAUGAACUAUAAGUUUUGCAGUGAUGUCACAUAUGCUUUCGUCAAUGCAAUUAUGAUGUCAUGACACAUAUGAUGUCACAAUAAGAUAUGAGGAUAACCAUUCCAAGGACUGUUAGUGCAAUAUGCUAGACUUUUGAAACUUUUUUAGUGAGUGGGUCAAACAUUAUAAAUUGAUCAUGAGAUAGGACUGCGGGUCAUAGAUUCAUUCAAUGUUUGCAUCAGUGAGUGCUGUUGCAACCUUAGUACACUUAUUGUUAGAUUGAAUUAGGGCCGACAUUUCUAAAAAAAAAAUUUAUCGUGUUGGGUUUUGCGACCUAAUAUGUCUUUAAAAAACCAUGGGGGUUCAAUGGUUUGCCAUCUCUAGCCUAGUUCUUAGAGCGGUGUCCUAACCCAUGACAUCCCCUCUCAGAUCUGUGCUUCCAAAGAGCUAGACAAAGUCUUGUACACUUUUUUUCAUUUUGAAGUUAUUUUUCACACAACUUCGUAUUUUUGUAACUGCCGUAUUCAUAAAAUCUUUUCUGCAAAGGGUCGCAUUGAGAAAAGCACUCAAUUUAAUUAGAAGACCAAGUUUUCAUAUAGUCAGUAUUCAUAUGGUUCGUUGUGUAGAAAGCUAGACAGGCUUUCUGUAGCGCAUGAUGAGUAUUCGAGUAGUGGAGGAAUAGUGUAUAUUUACUGCCUCCAGUGUUACCCCCUAAUAAGGUCGAGAUCACCCCAUACCCAAAUGAAUGUCAAAUUUAAUCUCCAAUGUAGGUCUAAUCCUAUUUACCUCCAUAAAGGUUGAUCUACCCCAAAAAUGGAGGUCAAAUUUACCCCCAAUCUGGUUUAUUUUACUCAAAGAAUGUAGCCCCCAAUGCAAAUCGAAUUCUAUUUAUCCUCAUAGAGGUUGAUCUACCGCUACAAUGGAGGAAUAAUACCCCAAGCUGAUUUAAUUUAAACCCAGAAUUUUAACCCAAUGCAAAUUGAAUGAUAUUAAUUCCUAUUCAGGUCAAUCUACUCCCCAAUAUAUUUCAAAUUUACCCCCAAGCUGGUUUGAUUUACUUCCAGAAUGUAACUCCCAAUGCAAAUCAUAUUUACCCCAUAGAGGUCGAUUCACCCCUUCAAUCGAGGUCAAAUUUACUCCGUAAUGGAGGAAUAAUAUACCUCCAGCUGCUUAUGCCAACUCUAAGCAUUUGUCCACCCAUUCUGUCAUCAGAACCUGUUUAUUCCCAACUAUUUACCUAGGUUUUAUUGAGUCGUAUAUUUUUAAUCCACAUUUUCAAAAUGCCAAAAUGUAAUUGGAUGUUUAUUUUCACUGGUUAUUUUUAGAAUAACACGUUUUACCUUCAGGCUGAUAGAAACCAUGGUUAUGGGCCACAAAUUUGUUAGGCGCUCAUGUAGUAUGUGAACCAAGAUGGCGGACACCGGAACGUAGUAUGUGUACCAGGUUAGGGUUAGGCCAUAAUUCCAGGUAGAAUACUAGUCUAGUCCCCGAACUCGAAAUAGAACUAAAAUAAGGAAAAUUGGAAUAAAAUUAUGACCUAACCAUAAUCUGGUACACAUACUACGUUCCGGGGUCCACAAUCUUGGUUCACAUGCUACGGGAGCGCCAUUUUUGUGAUUAUUGAAGAUCCAUUUUGAUUCAUUUCUGUUUACAAACAUACUCAUGAUGUCUCUUGAUUUGGUUUCUUAGCUUCAUUUGGUUAGAAUCAUUUCCUGUUUAGCAUCCAACUGGAAAGUUUAUGUUAAAGUUCACAAAUAGACAGAAAUUCAGUUUAUUCUUUAUGGAUAAAUUUUGUGCCCGUAAACACAUAUUAUUUCAUCAAAGUUUUUGUAAUAAUAAAUUUGGUUUUUCUCUAAGAGUGGGGGCAGCAACACAUCUACUUUAAAUGGCACCCAUUUCAAUUUGGUUUAUUAGUUGAAACUUUGAGUGGGGAUUGGAGUCUCGGUCAAAACUUCUUCCAAUCUAGAGUUGUUUUCAAAUGACUCUGACUUUGGAAUUUACCAAACUCCGCAGCCCCGGAAUCAGCAUUCUAUGAGUCGUCUGUAACGUUUGAAAAAUAACUCGCGAAACAGUCCGUCCAUGACUUUACAAUGCUCUAUGUGUUCUUGAUUGCAAUUUAUCGAAUUACCUUUAUGCACUUUUAAUUCAGCCAAUAUAUUUUUGUUAUUUUCUCUAUCUGUAUUUCGACACACAACUGCUGCUAUAGUGGCCUAUUCGGUUAAAAGUUUCGUUCUGUACAAUUGU